CACAGACCGUGAAGUCAGGCAAAAAUGGCAGCUGUCACUUGAGUUUUGUGUCGAUGUCACGGUUUGUGAUCAUUGUCACGACCGUGACAUUCAGCCCGUGAUAGUGAUUGUCGGGCUGUAUAAAUAGAAGACACCUGGGAGAGAGGAGAGGUUGGAACUUGGUUAGGUUCCAGCAGAAAAACCCGGAGGAGGAACCCUAGUGAGAGAAAUGUCUUCUUCUUCUUCUUCUUCUUCAAAAUCUAGAGAGAAAGUGAUCAACAAGGAGAGAAGGAGAAGAUUUGGGCUUGCUCUAAGCUAGAGGAGUGAAGAUCUUCAUCUCUCAAGGGAGUUCUCAUCAACAAGGAGGGAAGACAAGCAUCCACCAUGGUUCUUUCUCUCUUCGUUGUUGUAAUCCCUAGCCUAGAUAUGGAGCAGUGUUCUAUUUCACUUGGGUAUUGCGAACCCUAGGUUUAGAUAUGUGAUAGGUUGUAUGGGUUGAAUGAUAUGUGUUUGGGUUUUUGUUUAAUGCAAAGUUUGAGGUAUUUUCAGAAUUCUUGGGUUGUGUUCUUAAUUUCUCAUAACCAUGUCAUAUUGACCUAGGUGGAGAGAAUCCUCUUUUGUUAGAAGCUUUGAGAAGAUGGAUUUCUUGGCCAUUUGAGUCACCCACCUAGGGCAAUUUAGGGCAAGCCUCAAACUUCAAUUUGACGCCUUGAUUGGUUGUUAUUUUGUCGUCCGAAUUAUGUACCGAGGGAGUAGUUUGGCAACCCUCAGCUGAUUGGUCAAGAGAGCUAGUUUCGUAGCAUAAUUUGUUAUUCCUUGGCCUAUCACCCUAGAGAGUGAAGUUCCUUCACUAGUUGCACCCUCCUUACGACACAUGAGCAUUCCUUUACACAUUUGCAUUCUAUUCGAUCGAUCUUGAUAUGUAGCUAGGGAGAGCGAUACCCGGGUGCAUUUUUCUCUUAUUGGGACAACCUAAAUUACUUUACUUGUUUAUUUGGUAGUUUUCUUAGUUUUCACUAAAAACCAUUUGCUAGAUAACAAUUUAAGCGAUUGAAGUAGGGGUACAUGGACAAACCUGGGUUGACAAUUAAAACACUUGCCCUAUACUGCACACUUCUAGAGUUUAUACUUGGGCUCCAGUCGGGAUUUUAAUGGGUGUAGUAAGUGCGAGUCAAGUUUUUGCGCCGUUGCCAUGGAGAGUUUACGACACAUUAUUUAGAAAAAGUCAUUUGGUGUUAAUCUAGCUUUUAAAUUUUGCAUUGUUGAUUGUGAAUCUUGCUUGUGUUGGCUCUAGUUGUGUUUCUUGGAAAUGUGUGCAGGGGGUGUAUGACCCGGAGCAAUCCGACACCUUUGGAGGCGGAAUGUGGCAAAUUCGUAGAGAUGCUCAAGAAGCUCAAUAUCACAACUCCAUUCUUGGAGGCAAUGACCUACAUACGAAGGUAUGCCAAGUACCUCAAGGGGCUUCAUGCAAAGAAGCGGAAGUUUGAAGACCUCGCCACUGUUACCUUGAGCGAGAAGUGCUCGGCCUUCAUCCAGAACAAGUUCCCUAAAAAGCAACAAGAUCUAGGUAGCUUCACUAUCCCCCUUUGCAUUGGAACAUGCCAUAUAGAAAACUCCUUGGCGGAUUUUGGAGCAAGCAUCAAUGUCAUGCCAUAUAAGCUUUACAAGAAGUUAACCUAAGUGAAUUGAAACCCACUAGGUUGAGUGUUACAUUGGUUGACCGUUCUGUGAUUAGUUCUAGAAGCAUUGUGGAGGACAUUCUAGGGCAGGUGGGCACGUUCUACUAUCCGACGGAUUUCAUUAUCCUCGACAUUAGUGAAUAUGCGGAUAUGCCCCUCAUACUAGGACACCCCUUCCUUGCCACCGCCAAGGCUUUAAUUGAUGUUUGUCAGAAUAGAAGCGUGGCAAUCGAUAAUCCAAACCAACACGAACGAACAAAAAUUUAACGUGGUUCACUAACACAAUGUGUGCUAGCUAAUCCACGGGCAGGGGUGACAAAUUUCACUAAUUUGAGGAGAGUACAGGUUACAAACCAAAUUCCAAACGGACAAACCAAACAAACUAACCUGACUGACCUUUCUACAGACUAGGGUGAUGAAGAGUACUUAUAGAACUCUUCUCCUAAUCCCCUAUGCUUUUUAUUUCAAAAUAAGGCUUGGAAUCUCGUAGCUAAUGGGGAGAACAUCUUAAGCACCGACAAAAUCCAUAUUUUGCUUCCAUUAGCAUACUCUUUUAGUCCAGACGACCUGUGGAUCUGUUUGUAUAGUCUAGAAGACUCCAAAAUGGGUGAAGGCUCUGAUUCUAGGGUCUGUUAUGGAGGCCUAGUACAUGGCUCUGGAUGCCGAUUGUGGCCCUAGAAAAGGCAAAUGCACCACCAUUUUUGGACUGGUAGGAAACAAACACCUCAACUUACAUCUUGGUACCUCUUGACCUUUAAGCCUUCGAGGCUCAGAUGAAUGAAGUUUUGUCCAUGCCAUCGUGAAUUGAGGGAGUUCAAGUGGAUUUUUCUACUAGUCUUGAUCUCGUCUUUGGGAUUGUUUUCGUGUUGGUCAUGAGAGAUUUUGUGCUCCUUUGGGUGAUUUGAAGCACUACAAGGGAAGCAAAUUGGCAAUUCCACAUGGAACGAGAUUUGAUCUUUUUAGCCAAUUGAUAUUGGGUGGAGCCUUGUUAUCAUAUUGUUCGUCAUAAAGAUACGGUGCGUUGUUUGACAAAAUCAUUAGGUAAUGAGUGGGCUUUUGACCUUCCAGAAGAGGUCAAGGGUCGACUAAUAGUUGGCUCUAAACUCGAUAAUCGUUAUUAGGUCAAUUAUCAGAACUCCCAUAGGCAACCAAACAUAUGAAAGUCAAGAGUUCUAAUAUCCAUAACUAUUGCGAUUGACAUCGUGAGCUUGUGGAUAAGAGCAUCUCCAUUGGUGCAAUUGCAUUUGUGAUUUUUUUGACACAACACUAUUUUUGCAAGCCAACUCACUUUACUUUCAUUGUACCUACAUUGGUGCAAUUAACUUGCAAUUGCAUAUGGGGCCUAAUUUUUUUUAAUGCAUAAAAAAAAUCUUUUAAAUACCUUUUUAUCCACAUUGCAAGUAAAUAAAAUAAAAUUUUAUUCUAUUUUAAUUUAAACAAAUUAUAUAAAAUUAAUUCAUAAAUUUUUUAUUACUAAUUUAUGAAGACAUUUUGAUCUUGAGGAUGGAAUAGAAAGAAUCUAGUACUCAAUAAUCAUUCAUAAAAUCAAAAUAAAAUGCUAGAACUAGCACAAUAUUCAAAUAGGACACAUAAAUAAACUAAAAAAAUUAUAUCUAAAAUUUUAAAUGGAACAAUAUAAAGACAGAAACGUAAAUUAAACAUAAUUUUCCUCAUCUCCAAACCGAGCCCAUAUCUCUUCUAUCAAAUCUGAUUGAAGUUGAUUAUUUGUAGAGUGAUUACGAAUUCUUGUAUGAUUGCGAAGAUACUCUUCAUACUCCAGGAGACGAUUAUUUGAAACUGCAGGCAUAGAGACACUAAAGUUGACAUCAUCAUCAUUUGUAUAAUCAAAAUACCGGAUGUAUGAAUGACGCUCAUCUUCCACUAUCACGUUGUGCAUAAUUAUGCAUGCUCUCAUUAUUUCUCCGAUUAUAUCUUUACACCACAUGCGUGAUGGGCCAUGAAUCAUUGCAAAUCUUGCUUGGAGCACCCCAAAUGCUCUCUCCACGUCUUUUCUGGCUGUCUCUUGCUUCUUAGCGAACAAUUUGUGCUUGGUCCCUGGGGUAAUGGGAUUGACUUGACGAAUGUGGCCCAAUUGGGAUAAAUACCAUCAAUGAGAUAAUAUCCCAAAUUAUAAUUUCAUCCAUUAACAGAAUAGAAAAUUGUGGGUGCUUUUCCUUCUAACACCUCAUGGAAUACUGGGGACCGAUCUAACACAUUUAUGUCAUUUAAUGUACCUGGGAGUCUAGGACCCCAAAAAAGGCAUGCCAUAUCCACAAAUCUUGUGAAACAACAGCUUCAAGCAUAAUGGUCGGCGUUUUAUGAUCCCCUCUAGCAUAUUGCCCACGCCAUGCUUCAGGUCAGUUUUUCCAUUCCCAAUGCAUGCAAUCGAUACUCCCUAACAUACCCGGAAAACCUCUUUGUUGCCCCUCAUGAAGCAAGCGUUCAAUAUCAGCACUAUUUGGCCUCCGUAAAUACACGUCUCCAAAUGCAUCAUUAACAGCUCGUACAAAUCUUUUCACACAAGUUGUCGUAGUGGUCUCACCGAUUCUCAAAUACUCAUCAACGGCGUCUCAGCAACACCGUAUGUUAGCAUUCACAUUGUUGCUGUGCACUUUUGAAGGGGUGAUAGGCUAGCUCUUCCCGUACAGUCAGGAAUGCUUUGAAAGUAUGGAUCUUUGUGCAUGACAACGUCAACUAUGCGGAGAAAUAAGCUCCUUCGCAUACGAAAUCUUCGUCUAAAUGUUUCUUCGGUGAAUGUGGGAUUCUCCGCAAAAUAAUCAGCGUACAUUCGUUGGUGUCCACUUUCACGGUCCCUUUCAAUGUACCUUCUUGGUCUUCUUUCACAAGUUGAUGAAGAGGCAUCAUCCACAAAUUCCACGUAUUCAUAGACAAUUUUUUAUAUAGAAUCAUCAAGAGACCAUUCCAUAAUGUUCUCAUAAGAGAAUGGGUUACUGGGAUUUGAAUCUGAAGAAUUUGAGGAAGAUGAAGACAAAGAAGAGGAUGAUGUUGACAAGUACAUGUGUAGAUCAUCCAUUUUUGUGAUGAUAAGAUGAUGUUGCUAAUGUAAAAAUAUAAGGUGGGGAAGGAGUGACUAUUUGUAUUCAUGGGCUUUACAUUUAUUGACACUGCAUGGCGGUGACGUCGAUGUUAAUUCAGGUGAGAGAUGAGGUACAGUUAAAAGAUGUAGAAUGUAAAUUCGCGUGCUUCUUUAAAAAUUUGAUCAUAAUUUGUUAACUGAUUUGCGGGCAACAAAGUAGGAUUUUAGUAUAAAUGCACUGAUUUUUGUAUUAAGUUUAUUGAAAAUUAUUGGUUUGGACUAGAUUUUAGCCUACAAAGGGCAUGGUGGGUGUUGUCGUUGUUAAUUUCACAGAUACAAAUGGAAUAAAAUCGGAAGAUUAAUAUUUAAGUUGGAGAGUGAAUACAUAGAUUUGUUACAGAAUGAUAGAAUGUGAACGUAUUUGUAGAGUUGAUUAAUAGUGAUUAUAGUUGUUUCAUGGGUUGUAGGCAACAAGAUCGGUUUCUUCGUAUAGAUACUCAAGUUGCCAAUGUAUGACCUAGUAAAAUUAAUGAAAUAUCUAUAAAUAUGUAUCUAAAAUUUAUCAUAGCUCUACUUUGUUUCCUUUCAUCAAUUAUAUUUGUUUCCAUGGAUCAACUCGUCCCCCUUCAAUCCAUAUUUCAAAUUUGUUUCCAUGGAUCAGCUCGUCCCCCUUCAAUCCAUAUUUCAAUUUCUAUACUGGGUCAUCUCCAUAUGUGUUUAAUGUGAGACACAAAAUGCUCAGUCUCAUGUAAGUCCAUUCACAAAUUCCUAUAUGUACUCUCCAUUCUUUUCAAAUGCAUAUAGUUUUUCAAUGCCCAUGUUUAAAAAUCCAAAUUUCCAAUAUUCUCAACACAAUUAUGCGUCAUAUAAUGUCCCAAAUAACGUCACUGAAUCUCAGCCAAACCAAUCUCCUGUCACUCCCACUGAGUGUACUGACAAGGAUUCUCCGUUUCCUGAGCAUUGUAGUCAAGAAAUGUCAACAACUGCUGACCAUAGAAGCAACAACGAGAAAAUCCUUUGGAACCCGGAAGAUGACUUUAUCUUGUGUAGUGCUUGGUUGAAUAUCAGCAAAGAUUCACUGAUCCGUAGAGAACCCACGGGUUUUUCAAAGUUAUCGGAGUUUUUGGGAGGGCAUUCAAGAAUAUGAAGAGAACCCACGGAUUUUUCAGAUCCACUGAAAAAGACUUCUAACUCCACCCUAUAAUUAACAACCAGCCCAUAUGCAAAAAACACUAUUAAGUGAUGAAACAGAUUAAGUGAUGAAACAGAAUAGUGAACCAAGAUUCAUAACUGAAUUAUCAAAGAGAUGGAUCAGAACAUAGGCUUGAAAUCUCUCAAAAAGAGAUAAAAAUCGCGCAGUUAUAUCAACUUCGUUCAUUUGGGGAAAUUAUCAUCACUUCCAUCUCAAGACCACAACAUACCAUUCAAAAACAUGAUCGUAAUCAGCACUUAAAAAAAAACAUACAGACAGCAAAAAACCAUGUUCUAAAGAGCCAACCAUGAUGAAACAAAGUUGAAUAACAGAGAAGGAUCAGAACAUAAUCUCUUACAAAGAUAUUUGAAAUCGCUCAGUUUAUUCAGGUUCGUUCAUUUCGGAAAAGUGUUAUCACAUCCAAUCCAAAUAACUCAACAAACAAACAAUAAAAAUCCAUUCUUUACUGAAAGAGUUUCGAUUGAAGACUUUGGCAAUUUGUUUAGGAAGAAGCCUCAGUAAGCCAGUCUAAUUUGACAUCAAGAUUGAAACAAUUCAGCCGGUAAUUCCAACUAAACAAAGAAAUCAUCAUAGA